AUGGAGACGGGGGCAUUGUAUGACUCCAAUAUUGACCCUGUAGUAAAACGAUAUCAAGAAAACCCGCAUCAUGAUGUGCAGAUUACUCCUUUUAGUUCACAACAGGGGCAAGGCGCAAGCGGCAUCGACUCGGUGACCACAUCUGAUGACCAGCACAUCGGCAAGGAUAAGGAGACACAGAUCACAGACAAUGCCAAUUACCCAAAAAAACGCAGGUACUCUACCAAAGAACCUAGGUUCAGCAUCAACGUUGAUGGUAAGCGACGGUACCCAUGUCUCUUUCCUGAUUGCGAUAAAACUUUUUCAACAAGUGGCCAUCUAUCGAGGCACAAUCGGAUUCAUACGGGAGAAAAACCUUACAACUGUACCUAUCCUGGCUGUGAUGCACAUUUUUCCCGUUACGACAAUAGCUUACAACACUACCGGACUCACUUUUUCUCAGCUACGAGCAAGAAAGGUCACAGAAAGAGCAAGGAAUUGUCUCAUGUCAGCUUAAGCAAUGACAAUCGAGAAAACAUGGAAUACACGCGCGUCACUGAUCCUACGACAUCGAGAGAAGAUAGUUGUGACAAAGUGUUGGUCUCUCAAACGCCUCUGUCAGGGCGUAAUGGGAAAGCUGCAUCUCAGAUCUCACUUGGUCACAAUGCUCGAGAUUCACUGAAAGCAUCCGUAUGCAGCCAUCAUAUGCAAGACGAAUCGUCAAAAAAGUAUGCCGCAAUGUCGAAUGCUGUCAACUCAUCUGAGAAAUUCAAUGGUGAUGCGUCCCAAGAAUGUUUGAGCGAUAGAUUUUCUGAUGCUCCCCCAAGAGUCGUCAGCUCACCAAACAAAAUGUCAUCACCGGAUGCAAUAAGCUCGGUUCCAAACAUUAACGACCGGACACCAAUCCUCGGACCAGGUGCCCUAAAAAAUCAGGCAACUGUCCAUCCUCCGCAGAAGUGGAACAAACGCACAUCACAUCAUCAUGAUUCAUGUAUCAAUGACUUCGAUUCAGCAUCUUCAAAUUCCGAAUCAAUUCCUCAUCUCAAUCAGCCUCUACAUUCUUUGACAUCAACCACUUAUAUUCAAGAUCCAUUGUACACCCCAAAGUCAAUUGACACUUUUUCUUCCGCGAGUUUCCCCGACCAGCGAAUCAAUCCUGUAUAUUCUCGCAAGCGCAAGAAUGCAUCAUCGCUACUAUCACUUGAUCUUUCGCGGUGUGACAGUGCUUACUCGCUGUGUAAAUAUUCAUUGUCGUCCGGUACAUCAUCUCUUACAUCAAGCGCAUCGACUCGUAGCCAACCAGCGUCUUCAACCAUGGUAUCAGAAAUGGGGUACAUUUCACCAGAACCGACUUAUAUUGUACAUGAUCAAGCGAAAGACGGAGUAAAAAAUGCAAGAUAA